AGACGGCUCUCGCCCAGAGUGGAGCAUCAGUCAAAGCUUGUCUCGACAAUCAACCACUGCACAAUUAUCAAAAUGUUCAAACUCGUGUUGAUCUGCGCUGUUAUCGGCAUGGCCGUCGCCCUGCCAGUCGGUGAUGAGUCGAAGGCUGAAGUCCUUAGCCGCAAGGACGAUGUUCGUCCCGAUGGCUUUGAUGCCUCCUUGGAGACCGACAACAAGAUCUCGCGCUCCGAGAGCGGCGAUGAGAAGGGUAACAUCCACGGCAGCUUCAGCUGGGUCUCCCCCGAGGGUGAACUGAUCGAGGUCAAGUAUGUGGCCGAUGAGAACGGAUACCAGCCCAGCAGCGCCAGCCUGCCCGUUGCUCCCCCAAUCCCAGAGGCCAUCCAGCGCUCUCUGGAAUGGAUUGCUGCUCACCCACCCGCACCCGAACACUAAGAAC